AUGCCCCGACCACCAAUUCCUCCCGAGUUGAGGCAAAGGGCAGUCAAGGCCUGUGGUCCCUGCAAGUCGGCAAAGAGACGUUGUGACGCCCUGCUACCCUGCGGCACUUGCGAGAAGAGAGGCAUCGCCCAUGCUUGUUUCUACCCCAGAUUCGACCGACCUCGAAUCAAGCUCAAUCAAAUUGCUUCUGGGCGCGUGAAUAAGACCUCGUCCAGCACCAAUUCGCAUGUUGACCAGCUUCAGAGUCAUGAUGUUGCAGAUCAGGCAUCGUGCUCUGCUGAGGAGCCGUCAAGACUUGCGUCCAAUGCUCCAUCGAGCACCGCUCCCGAAGAUGUGAGCCCACGGUCAUCACAAACUGCCGUUUCACCUAGAGUACCAAUUAUCAUAAGAAGCCGAAUGCUCGUGGAUUCGCGCGGUGAGAGAGAGUUCGUGGGAGACGCCGUGGCUCUCUCGUUCAAUCAAUACCUUCGGGAAUUGCUAGCUCAACACCUCAGCUCCUCAACAUGGUCUGAAAAUCGCGCCGAUGCCCACUUACCAAGGACAGAUCUUCUAGACCGCAUGCCAGUGAGUCCGGCAGAAGAUGUGAGGGAAAAGCAGAAUUUUAUUCAGAGCUAUCUGGCUGCGUCUAAUGGUAUUCUCGACGUCUACAACCAAGAGGAACUUGCGGUCAUGAUGGCGAUGACCAACAAUGCCGAAGAGACAAUACCAGACGAGUCGAUGGCUGCACUUUAUAUUGCAAUCGCAAUAGGAGCCCAGUGCCGCGCUUCCUGCAAAUUGGAUCUCCAGUAUGCGAAGAAGUAUUUCUACCUGGGACAAAAGGCUGCUUUCCAAAGCAUGGUGGAAGAUCCGGACAUCGCCAUCACUCGGUGCUUUGUUCUCAUGGCCUUCUACAUGCUAGGUGCUUGUCGUCGCAAUGCUGCCUUCAUGUAUAUAGGUAUUGCGGCGAAGUCAGCCUAUGCUCUCGGGCUGCACGUUCCGGAGCAUUAUAGUAAUACCACAAGUGCUGAACAACAUUUAAGGUCUCGAUUCUGGAAGAGUUUGAGGACAAUAGACAUCAUCACAAACACAAGCAUGGGCAGGCUGACUGCCUCUCCUCCCAUGUCAGUGGAGCCCGAAGCCUUUGAAAUCAGCACCAAAGAGACUCUCAGUCAUAGGGAACUAUGCUUGGAUGCUACCUAUCGGUUCACCUCCAUGAUGGACCAGAUAUUUCAUGAUAUAUUGGAGGCGAAGAGCAUUGAUGUCAAUACGGGCGAGAAGUAUCUGGAAAAGCUCAACACCUUGAGCGCGACUUUACCCCACGGCCUCCGCAAAUUCUCUGCCACGCCAGCAUCUACGCUGUCUGGCGAAGAACCACUGAUUGGAAACAUUCAUGUCUCUUGCUCUUACUAUUGGGCGGUCAUGCUUGUCACUCGGCCAUUCUUGAUGUACAGGCUGACCUGCUCCCAGUCGACUACGACAUGGUCCAGUCCCCCAGAUAUAUCCCGCGUGGACCCUAGCGUUAGCAAGCUUGCUCGUAUAUGCGUCUGGGCAGGCGUCCAUGUUGCACAGAAUUGUCACCGGCUACUCAAGCCAGGCUCACUGAUCCACAAUCUCUGCAUACUAAAAUCUUGGAUCUUCAGUACUUCGCUCGUGCUUGGAUUUUCCAUGCUUAUCCCCGACGACUCAUCCUUUGAUGUUAGCGACGCGUUCACACAGUCCCGCGAGGUCCUGCACAUGUUGACCAAGGCGAGUCCCCAGGCGGAACGCUACUACGAUGUAAUGAACAGUUUUGCGGAAGCAAUAUACAGACACCGGCAAAACCGGGCCAUUGAACGCCGAAAGACCCAUCAGAACUUGCUCAUGGAUAUCCUUUCUCUAGAUUCCGACGAGGCAUCUGACCAGCAGCAGGUUCUUCAUCUCGCCCCUGGAAACACAUCCUCACUGCGUAGGGGCGAGCUGCCGGGACCGGGUGCGAACAUGCCCAGUCAACUACAAUCAGGCGAUGAUGUGCCGCACGAUUUCUUUCCUGGCCGCGAAGACAACGGAUACCGUGCCCCAAUGGAGGCCCCUUUGAGUUACUCGGCUUCUACGUACCACAUGCAACCUCCAUCCGACACCACCCUUGCGGAGAAUUGGAAUACGGCAUGGUGGGAUGAUUUCGCAAUGGAAGUCUCACAAACGCUGCCGUUUGAUUGUGGAUUUGAGCUAUGAAAACGGAAAGAUGCUCUGUCUCUCUCUCUCCCUUUCUCUCUCACACAGCCG